CCACAGCGGGAACACAAUGUCAACCACUUUUUCAGGUUGGAUGCAGUACUCACGACUGGGCGGAGGGAGAAGCUACAUGCUGGCCAAGUGCUGCGCCCACCCAGCAUCUGAAGCAGUCUACUCCUCAACAGUGACAUGAAGGCUCGGCCAUGAGAAAACUUGCAAUGAUGAAGGGGAUAUUCUGAGCAUAUACGAGAAUAAGCAGUCACAUAAUUGCAAUAACUAGAGACACAUGUGGCAACUGGAGAAGCAACUCUCCAAUAGCAACAGACCCCCAGCCAAAAACUAAACAGUGAAUAAGAGCUGCUCCAACCAUGAAUUUGAAAAGACGCCAAUGCUCUUCAAACAUUGCAAAAUGUGCCUUUCUCAUCGCUCUGCUGGCGGUGCUGAUCUUUCUUGUAGCCCGCAUGUGGCAUCCAAGUCUCACAGCACAGUUCAGGUUGAGAGGAAGUCCAGGGACUUGCCAAGAUGAAGGACUCCAUGCCAACAAAUUGUCCGUAGAAGAAGUUGAAGAAGCUACAAACUCUCCCGGGAAGAAAAACAACACCAUUAUAGCUGAAACAGGUUUGGAGAAACCUGAGCCAGUCAAGACUACCCAGAUGAAGGGGAGAGACUUUAAUGCCACUUUAAUCCAUGGUCUGUUCCCUUACAUCAUCAAUGAACCGGCAAAAUGUCAAGGUGGUCAAGCAACACCAUUCCUGGUCUUUAUAAUAACCACAGUGGCUUCAGAGGUGGAAGCCAGGAGUGCCAUACGGCAGACCUGGGCAAACCAGAGUUUGGUGCCAGGUGUGGGAGUUAUCCGCCUAUUUCUGCUGGGAAAGCUGGAGGGAGAGGUGGGAAGUUCUCAGCAAAGGAUGCUCCAAGAAGAGAGUGACAAGCAUCAUGAUAUCAUUCAGCAGGACUUCGUAGACUCCUACAACAAUAUGACACUGAAGACCCUGAUGGGUCUGCACUGGGUGGCAAGGUACUGUCCACACGCGGGCUACGUCAUGAAGACCGACAGUGACAUGUUUAUCAACACGGAGUACCUGAUCCACAAGCUGCUCAGACCAGAGCUGAAGCCCAAGACAAACUAUUACACAGGCAGAAUCAUAGAACAUGAGUUAGCUCAUCGUGAUAAAAAGAGCAGGUGGUACAUGUCUGAAGAGGAAUAUGGAAAAGCAGAGUAUCCCACCUUCUGCUCUGGGACUGGUUACGUGCUGUCAGCAGACCUGGCUGACAAGAUUCUCAGAAUAUCUUUGAACACACACAUAGUACACCUGGAGGAUGUCCACGUGGGGUUGUGUCUAAGCCAGCUCAGGGUGAAGCCCACCAAGACGUCCAUAUUGCUAUUCAACCACUACCAUGUGCCGUUCACACGCUGCAUGUACAGCAAUCUGAUCACCUCACACCAAAUUACACCAAAGGAAUUACUGCAGUACUGGACCAGACAGCAGAGAAACAAGAACAUAUGUCAAAGGAUGGGACAAAGGAACUUGUGAGGCAGUCAAUCUCCACACCCCUUGGACUGUCAACAAAGUGCUUGCUGACAUCCAACAUUAAAACAAGGAUUCAAUUCAAGGAGAUUUAUUUGGCAUAGCUGUACACAUUUGCACAUGUACGCUACCACAUUUGGACUCAGGUCCUGGCAAGAUUUAAGAAAAACAGUAAUAAAUGGGCAAUAAAGAAAUAAUAAAUAAGGACUGAUAUUAGCUGGUUAAAAACACUGAGUGGUUGCUUGCAUAUUUAAUUUAGCCAGAGAAAGAAUAGAGGAGUUUAACCUAGAGCAAUUUGUUAUAUUCUUAUUUGGAUUAUUCUGCUUUCACAUAGUUAGCAUGCUGGCCUCACAGUCAGGAGAUUGAACUAUGUGUGUGUGGGAUGGCUUCAUGGGAGACUAUAAACUGUCAGUGUUGCUUUGUCAAAGCAGGCAUGUGCGGCGUUUAGCUGAAGACCCAUUCAGGGUGUUCCACACCUAUCCACCCAAGUCAGCCAGAGGGUGUGUGGCAAUGUGAACUGGUCAGUUGAGGGACAACUCCUGUAAAGUACACCAGUCACAAUAAUGACACAAUUGACUGAAAAGCACUAAGAGUGCAAGCCUUCGCCAAGCUCCACCUCUCAAUGGAAAAGAAUCCUUGAAAAACAUUGUGCAGAUCACCCACAACACUUUUUCCCUUAUCUCAUUUCUGUCAGAUCUGGAAAGUUUCAUACACUUGUUUCCAAACAGGCUGCUAGAGCGUUUAGUCUUUGCAUUGGUCUCACUGCUUGUUGGUCAUCUUUUAAACGCCAUGUGUGUGCUUAUUAUAAGGCACACCAAAAGAACACUAAUUUGGGACGAUUUACUACGCAGUGAAUUCUUUUGAAUGAAUGGUUUACACAUGAAUGACGUGAUGUGUCAUUUUCACUCAAAGAAUGAAUAAAGAGUCUUACUGCUGUCUAUUGACUAACUGCAGUUUGUGCGGUACUAGAAUGUAUUGACAUGUACCUGUACGUGCAAAAUGAUAAUAGCCAAAACUUUAAACAUAACAAUGUCAGUAAAUGCAAUCAUACAUUCAGAUUAAACCUGGGACUCAAACAUCCCCAUAUAUCCACACUCUACACAGUGUUUUACUCCUUAACUGAAGAUAUGUUGUGGACGUUAAAAUACUUGUUCUUACCGUCACAGACUUUAGAGUCAUGCCGUGGUACGUCCCCAUGGUGUCAAUCUUGAAACCCUCCGUUUCUGGAAGACAAAAACCAGAGACAUGGAGUUGGUGCUGACUCACUUUAGGUGGUCUACAACAUCACUUUUAGGCACAGCCAGCCAUGUCACUUUAGGUG